AUGGCCUCCUCAAUAUGCAAUUUAACUUCUCUUACGAGUCUCGAUCUAUCUAAGAAUAAUUUGGAUGGAACAAUUCCAGAGUGCCUUGAAAACUUGAGUUCUUCUCUCUCAACAGUUGAUCUAGGGAAUAAUAAUUUUCGUCGUCAAAUACGAGAAAAUUUUGCUAAAGGUUGCAUGUUGAAAAGUUUUCGCAUCAACAACAAUAAAUUAGAGGGGUCACUACCACGAUCUUUGGCUAAUUGCAAAGAUUUAAACCUUCUUCAUGUUGGAAACAACAAUUUGAAUGACACUUUCCCAAAUUGGUUAGAAAAUUUGGAUCAAUUGUAUGUUCUUAUCUUAAGGUCGAAUAGAUUUUAUGGCCAAAUAGAUAGCUUUGAUGUUGCAGUUUCCUUAACUCGUUUGCGUAUAAUUGAUCUUUCUUGCAAUAACUUCAGUGGCUACUUACCUACAAAUUUUUUUGAACAUUUGCAUGCCAUUAGAGAAGAGUAUGAAAAGAAAGUUGAACCAAAGUACAUGCAACAAGGAUUUGGUAAAGUUUUUGUGAAUUAUGCUUCUGGUUUAUCUAUUACAGCAAAAGGGUUGCACAAAGAGUUUCAAAUACCAUUAUCCAUUUGGACGGUUAUUGACCUUUCUAGUAAUCAAUUCUCGGGAGAAAUUCCAAAAAUACUUGGUGAGCUUAAUUUACUUAUUGUCCUAAACCUCUCCCAUAACUGUUUAAUAGGUCCUAUCUCAUCAUCUUUAGGUCAUUUGUCAGAGCUUGAAUCAUUAGAUCUCUCAUCAAACAAACAAACUCGAAGGAAGAAUUCCGACUGA